UCUUCAAUUCAACAAAAUCCGCUCACUAUGCCACUUCUCAUCCUCCCAUCCCACCAGAUUUCUUCAACAUUCACAACAUAACCUUCUAGAUCUCAAUCCUUUCAUUUCCCCAUGGCCCAACUCUGUUUUCUCUGUUUCUUCUUCUUCUUCUUCCUCUUCUUCGCCGGCCCUGCCGCAUCUCAGCAGCUCUACUUCGCCGGAUUCCACGACUCCGCCGCCGUCGCUGCCAACUUAACCCUCACUGACAUCGCCAAGAUCGAGCAGAACGGAAUCUUAAAGCUCACGAACGACACCAGUCGAUUACAGGGCCAUGCCUUCUACAGCUCCCCUGUUCGCUUCAAAAACUCCUCCGACGGCAAAGCUUUUUCGUUCUCCACCGCUUUCGCCAUCGCCGUCGUCCCCGAGUACCCGACCCUCGGCGGCCAUGGCCUCGCCUUCACCAUUGCGCAGUCGAAGAACCUCCGUGGACUUCCCAGUCAGUAUUUGGGCCUUCUCAAUGCGACUGACGUUGGAAACUUCUCGAACCAUCUCUUCGCCGUGGAGUUUGACACCGUUCAAGAUUUCGAGUUCGGCGACAUCAACGACAACCACGUCGGAAUCAAUCUCAACAAUAUGGUCUCUAAUGCCUCCACCACCGCUUCCUAUUUCGUUGAUGAUGGACCCACCAAGCAAAACCUGACCCUAAAAAGUGGGAGGCCGAUUCAAGCUUGGAUCGAUUACAAUUCCGCUGUAAAUUCCCUGACGGUGGCGCUUUCUCCGUUCUCCAAUAAACCCAAGAAGCCGAUUCUGUCGUUUAAUGUAGAUCUCUCUCCGAUUCUUCACGAGUUUAUGUAUGUUGGGUUCUCCGCCUCGACUGGGCUUCUUGCAAGCUCUCACUUUGUGUUGGGAUGGAGUUUCAGUAUGAAUGGACCAGCCCAAUCCCUGGAUCUUUCUUCUUUGCCUUCUGUUCCUGGUCCGAAGAAGAAGCACACUGCCUUUACAAUUGGGGUUUCUGUUGGGGCCGUUUUGAUUGUAGCAAUUGCUAUUGGCGUUGCUGUUUUUAUCACAUGGAAGAUAAAAAACGCGGACAUAAUCGAGGCCUGGGAGCUUGAAAUCGGCCCUCAUCGGUACUCUUACAAGGAGCUCAAGCAGGCGACUAAACGAUUUAGGGACAAAGAGCUUCUAGGGCGCGGUGGGUUUGGGAAAGUUUAUAAAGGGACUUUGCGGAAAUCGAAAACCGUAGUGGCUGUGAAGCGAAUCUCUCAUGAAUCGAAACAGGGCCUGAGGGAAUUUGUGUCGGAAAUCGCUAGCAUUGGCCGGCUUCGACACCGGAACUUGGUUCAGUUGCUGGGAUGGUGUCGCCGCCGUGGGGAUCUGCUUCUGGUUUAUGAAUUUAUGGCUAAUGGGAGCUUGGAUAGCUACAUUUUCGACGAGCCGGAAGCGGUUCUGAGUUGGGAACAGAGAUUCAGAAUCAUUAAGGGCGUCGCCUCUGGUUUGCUGUACUUGCACGAAGGCUACGAGCAGGUGGUGAUUCAUAGAGAUGUGAAGGCCAGUAAUGUCCUUCUCGACAGCGAGAUGAAUGGAAAGCUCGGCGAUUUCGGCCUGGCUCGGCUAUACGAACACGGGGCGAACCCGAGCACGACUCGGGUGGUGGGAACUCUGGGAUAUCUGGCGCCGGAGCUACACAGAACAGGGAAAGCCACGACUAGCUCAGAUGUGUACGCCUUCGGCGCACUUGUGCUGGAAGUGGCCUGCGGACGUCGACCGAUCGACCCAAAAUCUCGGUCGGAGGAGCUGGUACUGGUGGAUUGGGUGUGGGAGAAUUACAGGGAAGGGAGAUUAAUGGAAGUAAUGGAUCCAAAACUGAAAGGGGAUUACAAUGCGGUGGAGGCAGUGAUGAUAUUGAAAUUGGGGUUGUUCUGUUCGAACGAUUCGGCGGCGGGGCGGCCGAGUAUGAGGCAGGUGGUGCGGUAUUUGGAGGGGGAGAAUGGAGUGCCGGAGGAGAUAUCGGCACCGAAAGUGGUGGAGGGAGGGAAGAACGGGGAAGGGUUCGAUGAUUUUGUGAAUUCGUUUGCUUCAACAUGCUCGUAUUCGCGUACCGGAAAUGAUAAUAAUAAUAUGGAUACGGAUAUGAGUUUCGCUUCAUUUUCCACUUCUCCUCUUUCGCUUCUCAAUGGCAGAGACUGAGUGAGAGUUGUAAGAUUUGGGUUUUGUUUCCAUAUACAGAUGACUGCCGAAUUUGGGUGUUUAUGGGCUCCUCAGCCUUCUUAUUCCCAUCCUCAUAACUCAUAUGUUUCAAGGUUAAUGAGUUCUCAUUUUCACUUUCUACACACAAUUUUAAUGAUUCAUCUUAAUUUAAGAUGUACGAGAGAGAAGACUCUCAGUAAACCAAGUUUGACUUUUAGCU